CACGGCAAAAGCGUGGUGCUCCAUCGUCAUCGUCAUGGUCUUUAUGCUGCGUCGCGCGUUCUCGACGUCCAAAGGCGGCGGCUUCUCGUUCCCGUCGCCGCGCUCGCUGCAGUCGAUCGUGAAGCUCGAAACUCUGUCGGAGGAGGCGCCGGACGCCAUUCGCCGCAUCUGGACUGACUUCCACGCCGACAAGUCCGACAGCGUCGCAUCCGCGCUCUCCAAGACCGACUUUGAGCUCCUCACGAGCCGCGCAAAGGACUGUCCUUUCUUCGUGCUGCCUGUGUACCGUGUGAACUCUGAGACGAACGAAGAGGGCUUCUUCACGAUGCUUUCGCAGUUCCAAGACAAGUGCUUCCUCAUCACGACGCUUGACGCCUACCGCGAGAACCCGUCGCAGGCGCCACCGUGCCUUACAAUCUCACUCUUCGAUGAUCUUCUCGCGACGAAGGACCUUGCGCUCCUCCGUGGCGAUGUUGCCAAUGUCCUUGAUAAGCCCGAAGCUACGACGCUCUUUGAAGCGCUCACGAAGCGCUACGUUGACGAUGCUCACUUCGACAUGGUCCACGCUUUCAACAAGCGGCCGCAAGAGUUCAACUUCGACGCGUACCUUGCCGAGUGCAAGGCGCUGCACAAGAAGACCGAGGCGUAA